UGGAAGUCUAGUGGUGCAGGAAUAAUCCAAGCCUAGACUGGUAGCUCUGGUCCCCCUCCCUUGCUCACGACUGUUUUGCUUCUCUUCCUGAGACUACAGCAUAGCAACAACAACUAGCAGUCAACGGCAGAAAUAUUUGAGGGUAUUAAAAAGAUUUUGACGACAGGCCACACCAGUGUCAGAUCCCCCCGGAAGGGACCAAUCAUAAUGGUGGAACUUAAUGCCAAAGUCACCAAGACUCUAAACAAAACAACGCCUGGUCUCCAGAUAUGGAGAAUUGAGAGCAUGGAGAUGGUCCCUGUGCCACCCAAAACAUAUGGAAACUUCUAUGAAGGGGAUGCCUACGUCAUUCUCUCGACCCAUAAAUCAGGGAGCACCUUCACUUAUGAUAUCCACUACUGGCUGGGAAACUCAUCAUCUCAGGAUGAACAGGGUGCAGCUGCCAUCUACACUACCCAGAUGGAUGAGCACCUUGGUGGAGUGGCCGUACAGCACCGUGAGGUCCAAAACUAUGAGAGUGAGGCCUUCCGGAGUUACUUCAAACAGGGUAUAAUCUACAAGAAGGGAGGAGUGGCUUCAGGCAUGAAGCAUGUGGAGACCAACACAUACAAUGUGCAACGCCUCCUGCAUGUCAAGGGCAAGAAGAAUGUCGUGGCUGGAGAGGUGGAGUUGAGCUGGAGCAGUUUCAAUUUGGGAGAUGUGUUCCUGCUAGAUCUGGGCAAGCUCAUCGUCCAGUGGAAUGGUCCUGAUAGCAACCGGAUGGAGCGACUGAAGGGGAUGACUCUGGCCAAGGAUAUUCGGGACCGGGAACGUGGUGGCCGAGCACAUGUAGGUGUGGUGGAUGGUGAGAAUGAAGCUGCUUCUCCUGGACUCAUGAAAGUCCUCACCUAUGUGCUGGGAGAGAAGAGGGAUAUACAGCCAGCCAUCCCAGAUGCUGUGGUUGACCAGAAGCUGAAAUCAGCUCUUAAACUCUACCAUGUCUGUGAUGCAGAAGGGAAUCUACUAAUCCAGGAAGUUGCCAUCCAGCCUCUCACCCAGGACCUCCUGAAGCAUGAGGACUGCUACAUCUUGGACCAGGGUGGCAUGAAGAUCUUUGUCUGGAAGGGAAAGCUGUCCAGCAAAGAGGAGAGACAGCAAGCCAUGACACGGGCUUUGGGUUUCAUCAAGGCAAAGAACUACCCACCCAGCACCAGCGUAGAGACUGAAAAUGAUGGCUCUGAAUCAGCUGUCUUUAGGCAACUCUUUCAAAAAUGGACUGUCCCCAAUCAAAGUGUUGGCUUUGGCAAGACCAACACAGUUGGAAAAGUAGCCAAAGUAGAGCAGGUGAAGUUUGAUGCUACCACUAUGCAUGCCAAGCCAGAGAUGGCUGCCCAGCACAAAAUGGUGGAUGAUGGCUCUGGAGAGGUAGAGGUCUGGCGAAUUGAGAACUUGGAACUGGUGCCAGUAGAGAGCCGCUGGCUAGGGCAUUUCUAUAGUGGUGACUGCUAUCUCAUCCUCUACAAGUACCAAGUCUAUAAUAAGAUGCACUACAUCCUCUACAUUUGGCAGGGUCGCCAUGCUAGCAAGGAUGAGAUCACUGCUUCUGCUUACCAGGCAGUCAUUUUGGAUCAACAAUAUAAUGAUGAACCUGUGCAGGUGCGGGUGACCAUGGGCAAAGAACCUUCUCAUCUUAUGGCCAUUUUCAAGGGCCGCAUGGUGGUCUAUACAGGUGGUACCUCUCGAGCUGGCAAUACAGAUCCAGUGCCCUCCACCCGUCUCUUCCACGUCCAUGGCACUAACGAAUAUACUACUAAGGCUUUUGAGGUGCCUCCCCGGGCCUCUUCCCUCAACUCUAAUGAUGUUUUUAUUCUCAAGACCCCAAGUUGCUGCUACCUCUGGUAUGGAAAGGGUUGCAGUGGAGAUGAGCGGGAGAUGGCCAAAAGUGUGUCUGAUCUAAUCUCCAGGACUGAGAAAGUGGUGAUAGCCGAGGGCCAGGAGCCGGCAGAAUUCUGGGUGGCACUGGGCGGGAAGUCUCAAUAUGCCAGCAGCAAAAGAUUACAAGAAGAGACACUCUCCAUCAUGCCUCGGCUCUUUGAGUGUUCCAAUCAGACAGGGACCUUCCUUGCCACGGAGAUAACAAAUUUUACUCAAGAUGACUUGGAAGAAGAUGAUGUAUUCUUACUGGAUGCGUGGGACCAGGUUUUCCUCUGGAUUGGCAAAGAUGCAAAUGAGGCCGAGAAGGAGGCUGCUGCUGUCACUGCCCAAGAGUACCUACGGACUCACCCCGUAAGCCGCGACCUCGAUACUCCCAUUGUGAUCGUGAAGCAAGGCUACGAACCUCCUACAUUCACUGGUUGGUUCCUAGCCUGGGAUCCUCUCAAAUGGACAGACAAGAAAAGCUAUGAAGAUCUGAAGGCUGAACUGGCUGAUGAUAACAGUCUUGAGCAGCUCACUUCUGAAAUCCUGGAAGCAAAAGAGGUUUUCACUGCCAACACUGCCUUUAGCAGUAUGUCCUUGUCAACAUACCCCUUGGAGAAACUGGUGAAUAUGUCGGCAGAGGAGCUCCCCAAAGAUGUAAAUCCCACCAGGAAAGAGGACUAUUUGUCAGAAGAUGACUUCCUUGCUGUCUUUGGCAUGUCUCGACAUGAAUAUGCUGCUCUAGCUGUAUGGAAGCAACAGUCUCUCAAGAAGGAAAAAGGACUCUUCUAAAUUUAAACUUCUACUGUUAGGUAGAUGCAUAUUUUUAAUUUAAUUAAUUAGUGCUUGACAAACUGGAGCAUCAACAGAUUAUCAAGCAAACUUCCUCACUGGGAUUUUUGCAGGUGGUUAUUUUAAAACACCCCUACAGAUAAUUUUAUUCCAAGCAAUCAGAGCAGAUGGAAGAAAGUAGCCUUCAACCUGGGAUAGGGAGCCUUUGGUCUUCCAUGUUUUGAGCGAUAAUCUGCAAUAAAUCCUUAGCAUUAGCUAUGUUGACUGACUUAUUUGAAAGUUCAUAAACAGAUGGAGGACUAAAUAUUUCCCUAGCAUUUUAUUGGCAUUGUUCCUCUUCUCAAUUUAAUUUCUCCCCAUGUAUGACAAUGCUUGUCAGCCAAUACGAAGUUGUCUUACAGGAAAUUAUACUAUUUCCCUUUGAACUCUUAACUGCAUUUUGCCAUGCAAAAAACUACUCUUUGAAACUUUGACAAGAAAGGUUUACAUGGGUUACAUUUGAGUGUGACUCCACUGUCCUGUAUUAUGUAUGUUUGCCAACUAGAUUUCAAGGACAGGUGACAGCUCCUUCACCCAGCUAAAAUGGAACUAAUGUGUUUAACUGCUGUUAAACUUUCAUAAAAUAAUGUUCAGAUGUAAAAUUGCUUCUUUCCAUGACAACUCCUUACAUCAAUGUAAAAGGAAUGUAUUUAUAAUCACCCUGAAAAAUAAGACGAGGACUCCGUCUCAAUUCAAUUUAAUUUAGAAUGCAGGAAACUUGGAUGUGUUUUGAUAUGCGAUUGUGAAGUACUUGGGAACACAACACAACAAGCAGCUACUAUUACCAUCGCCUCUCAAGCUUUUACAACUGUGAGAAAUAGUUGGUUGACUACUAACAGCAGUUCUUUAAAACAGCUGAUCGAGGAAACAUAAUUUUCCUUAUAAACCUAUGGGGAUGGACAAGGGAGAAUACAGACACCUCCUAGCUCAAACAUUUUUUCUUGUUAGUUUAUUUUUUGCUUUCUGAUGUUCAUUCUAAUUGGAGGGAAAACAAAUUUGCCAACCAGAAGUAUGGCUGGGGCAUGUGAUGUCAAAUCUAUCAACUAAUAUAAUGUAUGUACAGUAAAUAUGUCUUAAACUGUGCCUCCAGAAAUGUUUGUACUCUUGAAAGGAUUACUAGUAAAUCCAUGCAUGUCAAAAGAACUACAAAAGCCACUAAGCUUUGAAAUGUCACUCAAAAUAUAGAAUUCAUUUCUAAGAUGCAGAAAACAAGUAAAAUGACUUUUAAAAGCCAUUAUUAUAGAGAAGAGUGACAUAAACCGUGCUGUUAGAAAAGCAGAGUUAAGCUGUAAGUUUCUGCAAGUUUCUAGAAAGAAAGAAAAAACAGAAAUUCAGUAUUAAUAAAGUGUUUUAAUUUCUCUGA